GUUUGAUAUUUGGGGGGGUGGUGGGAGGAGAUAUUAUUUCUAUUUGUCUCUCUAGCAAUAUUUUUCUCCUUUCUCGGUGUUGACCAAGUAUAGCUUGUCUGCUACUUUGGUGCUAGUUCAAGCUUUCUGAUCCCUUUGGUAGCAGCUGAUGCCUUAGAACUACUUUCACCAACUAAGGGGCAAAAUAUACCCUCCUUUCUUGAGGUUGCCAUCUGGGCUUCAUACCCAGAUCUUCCAAAUGCUUGAGUUGCUCCUCAAAUUUUGUUUCCCAAAGAGCAUUCCAAAAUGUUGUUUAAGGCCUGUCAAAUAUGGGUAAUUUUUCUUUCCAAAUAUGCUUUGUCAAAUUGAUGUAUGUGUCCAUUUUAAAGUGUUGGUCCAACAAUUUUGCAUUUUUAAAGUGUUUCUUUUUUUGAUAGUUGUCUUUUUUAAAAACUUCAGAUAUGGGAUGGUUAUUUCUCUCCAAUGCUUUUUUAAUGGUUCUGAUAUAAAGUGAAGGGAUUACUGUUUUCAUUCUGUUGCCUUCAGUCUUAGUUCACUUGCACAUGGAUUCACAUAAACUGAAUGGUGUAAUGUCUGGGCAACCAAAACUGUUGGCUUUUGAGAAAACUGUCAAAUACUUUAACAUCAAACUGUUGCAAUGCAAGGUAUUUCUUUGAUUGUUCUUCACAAAAUAUGGUUAAACCAAGUAUAUAUCAUGUAGCUAGCUUCAGUAAAUUGUGUUAACUGAGGCAAAUCUAGUCUACAUAAUUCACAGUACCACUAUUUUGUUUUAAUUUGUAAAGCCUUAAUAUAGUGGUAAACUGAAUAAAAGUAAAUAAUUAUUAUUAGAAUGGUAACUAAGUCAUUAAAUUUUUUUGCAGAACUGAAACUUGUAUAUUAUUAGUUUAUUUUCUUAGACCAGUAUAAUAAUUGACUGUAAAUAGAAAUAUAAAUGUCACUUUACAGUUAGAUGUAUCACAGUCGUUUCAGGAGAAUUUUUCCUAUAUUGUUACCUUGAUUCAUUGUUUAAAAUUGAUAGGAUUUGUAUAGAUAUAGGAUAGUGUUUUAUUUAUACUUUAUCAUAAGUCAUAAUCAUUUUAAGAAUACUUUAUUGGAUAGAUUUUAGUACUUUUUAAAUUCUAAAGUUCUAUUUUUCUUUUCACUUCCCCUUCCUUCCCCUUAUAAGAUCAUUUCCAUGUCUUUGUUGGUGAUCUCAGUCCAGAAAUUACAACUGAAGAUAUAAAAGCUGCUUUUGCACCAUUUGGAAGAAUAUCAGUGUCUCUGAAGAAUGGACAGAAUUGCCCUGGCUAACUACAAGCUACGGUUCACAGUGGAUAAAUAGAUGCCCGAGUGGUAAAAGACAUGGCAACAGGAAAGUCUAAGGGAUAUGGCUUUGUCUCCUUUUUCAACAAAUGGGAUGCUGAAAACGCCAUUCAACAGAUGGGUGGCCAGUGGCUUGGUGGAAGACAAAUCAGAACUAACUGGGCAACCCGAAAGCCUCCCGCUCCAAAGAGUACAUAUGAGUCAAAUACCAAACAGCUAUCAUAUGAUGAGGUUGUAAAUCAAUCUAGUCCAAGCAACUGUACUGUAUACUGUGGAGGUGUUACUUCUGGGCUAACAGAACAACUAAUGCGUCAGACUUUUUCACCAUUUGGACAAAUAAUGGAAAUUCGAGUCUUUCCAGAUAAAGGAUAUUCAUUUGUUCGGUUCAAUUCCCAUGAAAGUGCAGCACAUGCAAUUGUUUCUGUUAAUGGUACUACCAUUGAAGGUCAUGUUGUGAAAUGCUAUUGGGGCAAAGAAACUCUUGAUAUGAUAAAUCCCGUGCAACAGCAGAAUCAAAUUGGAUAUCCACAACCUUAUGGCCAGUGGGGUCAGUGGUAUGGAAAUGCACAACAAAUUGGCCAGUAUAUGCCUAAUGGUUGGCAAGUUCCUGCAUAUGGAAUGUAUGGCCAGGCAUGGAACCAGCAAGGAUUUAAUCAGACACAGUCUUCUGCACCAUGGAUGGGACCAAAUUAUGGAGUGCAACCGCCUCAAGGGCAAAAUGGCAGCAUGUUGCCCAGUCAGCCUUCUGGGUAUCGAGUGGCAGGGUAUGAAACCCAGUGAAAAAGGACUCCAGAAUCUAAAGCCAGUGGCUUGAGGCUACAGGGAGUGUAGUAAAGCCGUUGUUUACUUAAAGAUUUAUCAAAUCAGUCAGUGCAAAUGUCAGAUACAAUGUAUUUAUUUAAAAGAUUCAUUUUUAAUCAUGAAAUUACUUAUCAUCCACAUUGUUUUAAAAAGAAACAAGAUGCUGGAUGUCUGCCAAUUUUUGCCUUCAUUACCUUUUUUGAUAAAGUUUCUCAGAUCCUUGUUUCAAACACAAAUGCAGGGAUUGCUGCCACUUUUUAACUAUUAAGAGGCAGAAAAUUGCACAAUAUUGAACUUUUUUCCACUAAAGUAGUGUGCAGUUAUAGUUUGCAUUCCUGAUAUGAUUUAAAACAUGUAAUAUAAAGAUGUUAAAAAAAAAAAAACUGUGCAGAGUCCAGAAGUUCUCUGUCAUCUUCAGCUUGUGCACAAUUCUGUUUUAGGUUAAAAAAAAAAAAGGCAUUGUUUGAGCUGUCCCAUCUCCACUGUUAUCCCUUUGUGGUUUUUUAAUAUAAAUUAUUAGUUUAUGUCAUUUUUGUAUCUACAUCUUUUUUCACAAAUUUGUCUUGCCUUAUUAAACUUCUGUAAAAUAUACUUAAAUGGAAAAAAUGAUGUUCAUUUAAAUUGAAAACUUUUCUCAGAUGGAUUGAUAAUUGCAUUCAUCUUGUGUUUUAUAUGAGAAGGUGCCUCAAGAAUUCCCUGUUGGAUUUGUUUAAAAGAAUUUUUAUCUUCUGUGAUAAACUUUGCUGUGUACCAGGAACUAUAAAAACAAAAACUUGUUACUAAAGAAAAUAUCUGAAAUGUGAUAAGUUCUUAUGUCAUGUUAAUUUCAUGUGUCAACUUCAACAUUUACAUGUAUUAUUAUGUAAAAUGUUUUAGCAAUUUAAUAUUUUGCACAGUUAGCAAACUUUGUAUGUCAUUUCCUUCAAGGUAUCAUGCAGAGUUUACAUGAAAUUUAUAAGGUUUUAAGUUGUUUGCAUGUAAACAUCAAAUACAUACUUUGGUAGUCUUUGAAUACAAAGUCAUCUGCUCUUGUUUUUCAAGAAUUUUGAGACACAAAGUUGUAUGUAAAGGAAUAUAUUUGCUGUUUUAUAGGUAGAUUUGCUCAAAAAGAGUGAAUCAACUUAACAUGUACAAAUGAUAGCUGUGAAACUGUAGAAUAUCUAUGUGUCAGGCUUGGAGUUCAUUGUGACCUCCAAAUUUUGCCUGAAGGACCAGCUGGGCAAAGCAUUUUUUAAAUGUUCAGAGGCCAAAAGAUAAACAAAAAAAAAAAACUUAAAAUCCUACCUCUUUAAACAGCCUUCAAAUAAGAAUCCUCAGUGCAAUCAUUAUUUUGAUUCUUUUGGUACCUGUUUUCCUGGAGUUCCCAAUUUUAUUAUUUUGGAGUGGCUCCAAGCAUUAAGAGGUUUAAUCUUUGAUGGCAUUGUUCUAGUUUUGAAAUUUCUAUUGUAUUUCAGAGUCUCUUAGAAAACUUGUGUGGGAAGUUUCAUUUUGUUUUUGGUGAAGGUCACAAACCUCCUUCUUCCUUGACUCAGAGAGGAAAGGUCCCAGUAUAUAUAUUUGAAUGGUCAGUGGUUUUCAAGACCUUCAGAGAGCUCCCUGCAUUUUACCUAGAAACAGAAAAGGCCUGCAAAAUCUUAAGUUUCCUGGCCUGCAUUUUCCAGGUAGGGGCAAAUGACUCCAAGCUGGUCUCUAAGCCAAUACCCUUGUAAACCAGAGUCCAGGAAAGAUAGCUCAAGUGUGUAAUUCUCUGGAGCUCAAUUCUAUGCAGUUGUGCUAUUUCAUUAAGUCACUGUGUCACUGUGUAUUUUUAAGUGUUGAUACAUUAAAAGUCGCUUUAUGGAAGAUGAGUAAAUUUUUUAAAUACUUGGAAAUUUUAUUUCCUUAUUAACUUCUACAGAUCAGGGCAUGCAACCAAAAGCAGCUUAAAUGAAAUAUUUAAAAAAAUAAAAUAUCAGGAAGCUAUUUUUAGAUUUCUUCUGGCUUAUGUUUCUAUUUUAGGAUCCUCAUUUUUCUCUUAUUAAAAAAAAUUAUUUCCUGUACAUCUCAUGGACUGCAGGGUAAAUUAUUUGGGCAUAAAUAAUUUAAAUAGUUUUCUUUCAUUUUGACUAUCUCCAGUAACAACAGUUUUUAUUAGCCAGCAUAUUGGCUUAUUGCACAAAUCUUAAAAUGUACAUUGACUACUUUUUGAGAAGAAAGUGGUAUCAGUACUCGCGAUGAAAAGGUUACUACUGAACAAAUUCACAUUUCAGGAACACCUAUCUAUCUUUGGUUUAAAUCUUACUCUUAGUUUUUCAGUCUAAAAAUCAUACUGGUAUUAGUAUCAGGUAAGGAAAUUAAAAGUUUUUUAAAUGGUUUCAUUCUCUGCAAUAUGCAAAAUUUAGAUUUUACUUUCUGGUACUGUAAAGAACCUGAAGUGAUUCACACUUAAUGGGUCAUUAAUCCAGUAUUCUUUACCCUGAAUGUUUGGAUAUUAAAGUUCCUUUAUGUUUUCUAUAA